AUGUCGAUUAUCAUUUCUCAUGAAUUGGGCUUUACUUUCAUGCACCAAGCAACAGUAGCCCCGAUGGUGGCAUACUACGAUUACAUUAUCGUCGGAGGAGGCACCGCCGGCUGCCCAUUAGCCGCCACUCUUUCUCAAACCUCCACCGUACUCCUCCUCGAACGCGGCGGCUCUCCAUUCGGCAACCCUAACAUCACCCACUUAUCUGCAUUUGGAGCCGCCCUCUCCGACCUCUCCCACAAAUCCCCUUCUCAACGCUUUGUCUCUGAGGACGGCGUCAUUAACGCCAGGGCCCGCGUGCUCGGUGGCGGUAGUUCCCUGAACGCCGGAUUUUACUCACGUGCCGGUUCGGAAUACAUAACCAGCGCCGGUUGGGAUGCCAAGUUGGUCAACGAAUCUUACCGGUGGGUUGAACGGGCGGUGGCGUUUCAGCCGCCGUUGAGACAGUGGCAGUCGGCGGUGAGAAAUAGUUUGGUGGAGAUCGGAAUACGGCCGUAUAAUGGCUUCACGCUUGACCACUUGUACGGUACAAAAGUUGGUGGCACCAUUUUUGAUGGAUAUGGGCAUAGGCAUUCAUCUGCUGACUUGCUUCAUCAUGCAAACCCUGAUGGUCUCACUGUUUUACUUCAUGCACCUGUUCAAAAAAUAUUAUUUACAACGGAGGGGAAACCAAAGCCAACUGCAAAUGGGGUGAUCUUUACAGAUGCAAGUGGGCUGAGCCAUUGGGCUUAUUUAACGAGAGGGCUUUAUAAUGAAGUCAUAGUUUGUUCUGGUUCAUUAGGAAGCCCACAACUUUUAAUGUUAAGUGGGCUAGGCCCAGAGAAACACUUGGAGGCCCAUAACAUAUCAGUGGUCUUGGACCAACCCUUGGUGGGCCAAGGGAUGUCCGAUAAUCCGAUGAAUGCCGUUUUUGUUCCUUCUCCUAGACCCGUUGAGGUGUCACUCAUCCAAGUAGUUGGUAUCACUCACAAUGGAAGCUAUAUUGAGGGUGCGAGUGGUGAAAACUUUGCUAGCGAGACUCAAAGCCCUCAAGAUUUUGGGAUGUUUUCUCCGAAGAUCGGACAACUUUCAACUGUGCCACCAAAACAAAGAACAGAAGAAGCAUUGAACAGAGCAAUAGAGGCAAUGAGGUUCCUCCCACGAAGCGCUUUCGUGGGUGGAUUUAUCUUGGAGAAGAUUAUGGGCCCGCUCUCACGGGGUCAUCUUGAGCUUCGGUCUUUGAAUCCAAAUGACAAUCCUACAGUCACGUUUAAUUAUUUUAAAGAUCCUAGUGACCUAGAAAGAUGUGUUCAAGGGAUCAAAAUCAUCGAGAAAGUAAUAGAAUCAAAAUCAUUUUCAAGAUUUCGGUACAAUUACCUCCCAAUCGCUACUCUUCUUAACAUGACGGCUAAUGCACCUGUUAAUCUGUUGCCUAAACAUGCAAAUGCAUCAAGGUCGUUAGAACAGUUUUGUAAAGACACGGUAAUGACCAUAUGGCAUUAUCACGGCGGAUGUCAAGUUAAUAAAGUGGUAGAUCGUGAUUAUAAGGUUAUUGGUGUCGAUGCUCUCAGGGUCAUCGAUGGAUCAACUUUUGAUUAUUCUCCAGGAACUAAUCCUCAAGCUACCGUGAUGAUGCUUGGAAGGUACAUGGGCAUGAAGAUAUUGUACGAGAGACCUGGACAGAAUGGAACAGUAUUUUCUAAACAUACAAAAACCUGA